UUUGUCUAAAACCGGUCCGAUUGAUCGCAAGUAAGAUUGAGGUUUAGUCCUUGGGGCUCCGUGGCCAGCCGGAUCCGUGCGCCACCGUGAAUCGCCGGUCGCUGUGACCUGUGAGCUAUCCGUUUGGGCGGUUUAGGUGAUAUAAUACCCAGAAAAUUACUUUUAAACCAAAAAAAAAAAAAGUGAAGGAGAUUACAAAAGUGAGAGCUGAGCUCCGACAAAUUUCUUGGAUCGACGAAUUCUGAAGAGAAGGAGAGAAGAGAGAUGCCGAAGAGAACGACACACACGUAUUCGAGCGAGGACGCGGCGCCGGAAGGGCCCGACUCUGAUCUCUUCGUUUACUACUGCAAGCACUGUGGUUCUCAUGUCCUUAUCACUGAUACCCAGUUGCAGAAGAUGCCAAAAAGGAAGACCGACAGAUCGAAUGUGCUCGACAAGAAGAAGCACCUUGCUAGGUUGAAUGUCAGCGAGGGAGGAAAAGUUUUAUUAAAACGGGGAGAAGGGAAAAUGGAGAGACAGUUUAGAAUGAACUGUAUCGGUUGUGAGCUUUUGGUUUGUUAUCGCGCUGAAGAGAAUCUGGAAACAGCGUCUUUUGUUUACAUUGUUGAUGGAGCACUUAGUGCUGUUGCUGCAGAGACUAACCCACAGGAUGCACCUGUACCUCCCUGCAUUUCACAACUCGACGGUGGACUUGUUCAGGUUGCAAUAGAAGUGGAAGACCGUGCACAACGUUCAGCAAUCACAAGGGUAAACGCUGAUGACGUUCGUGUGACUAUUGCUGCACCAGCUGCUCGUGGGGAAGCUAACAACGAGCUUCUGGAAUUCAUGGGAAGGGUGCUUGGCUUAAGGUUGAGCCAGAUGACUCUCCAAAGAGGUUGGAAUAGCAAAUCAAAACUACUCGUGGUCGAGGAUUUAUCUGCUAGACAAGUGUAUGAGAAGCUUCUUGAGGCCGUUAUACCGUAAAAUCUGCUGUUCGUGCGGGUUGGUGAAAGACAUUAACUCGAGAGCUCUGCAACCCUUUUGUUAACACUCUUUAUUGGUUUGCUGCAGAUAAGAAAGGGUUUCAUAUUUUUCUUGAGAAGAUAGAUAAACUGCUUUCUUCUUUCUUUGUGUUUCAUGCUUAUGCGACCACUACUCUUUUAAAAUAAUCCCCUAUUAUUAAAGUUAUUAUAAUUGUCUUUUGAUACUUUCAAAAGUGUGUCUUUUGAACUAUAAUUAAAAAUCACAUCUAUAACUUACAGUUGUCACAUUUAAUAUUGUAAUUUGGUCAAAUGUGUAUCUUAAUUAUUAAACAAGACCUUGAAUA